AACGAGAUCACGAUUCAUUAAAAUAUUCCACCUCAAAAGCAGGCAGAACUCACUUCUUCAACACCAGCAAAAUUCAUAACAGUCACGCCAUUAGAGACCCUCUUUUCAAGCAACGAAAGCUCUCUCUCUCUCUCUCUUUUCUUCCAUUUCCCCCCACAUAAAUUUCUCCUUUUGGCCGUGAAUUACGAGCAAGACCAGCAAAAGGGUGAAACGAGAAAUAAACCCAAUUUGGUACUCUGUUCGAAGGUAAAACAAUGGCGUACGUGGACCACGCGUUCUCUAUAUCGGACGAGGACAUAAUGAUGGAGACCUCGUACAUCAACAAUCGCCCACCGAUCAAGGAGAUCGCCCUCGCCGUCUCGCUCCUCGUUUUCGGCGCCCUAGGGAUCGUUCUCGGCGUCGCCAUGGCCGUCAAUAGAGUCGGCGGGGACCGAGCUCACGGGACAUUUUUCGCUAUACUUGGUGGGAUUCUUUUUCUUCCAGGAUUUUAUUAUACACGAAUUGCCUACUAUGCUUACAAGGGUUACAAAGGUUUCUCCUUUGAAAACAUACCUGCAGUUUAGACAUGUUUUCGAGACACGACUCCUUAUCAAUGUACAGAUGACUCUUUUCUCGUCUUACAAAUGUGUCUGUAAAUCACUGUGCAAAUCUACACGCACGAAUUUGUUUUGUUCUGUCGUCUGUAGGCUGAUGACAAGUUUGAAGUGUUGUGUGUUAUGAGUAUGUUAUAAAUGUUUGAUUAGUUAGUAACCAAUGAUAAUAAACAAUUGAUAGUUUGAUACUACAUUUGGGAUUUACAUGUUGCUAUUGCAUAGCAGAAAAAUCUUACAUCAUAUAUUAGAAUCAACAAGCAAAAUGACACUUGAAGCAAGACAAUUUAUUGAGGUUUGAUUGUUGGAGAUGGG